AUGAGCUAUGAAGGUGUUGGUUCCGAGGCUAUGGAUACAGAGAUGAAGAAUGUUGGUGGCUCUUCUUCAGAGGCUAAGCUCACUCAGCCUGAAGGACAAACCACCGUCUCUCUCUCUCUGUGCCACAGUUUGCUAGUGAAGCUUGUGCAGCAAGCAAGACAGCAGUUGCAGUCAAUACUAUCAAACGCUGGAGGUUCUACUAGUACUACGCUACGCCUUGAACUCUUUCUAAAUGAGACUCAGCGAUCAGGAAGUGAGGAUGAGAAAUCUACUAAAGAUGCUGUAACUCGUGGAAUGGGCGAUAAACCGGUUUCUCACGUUGGUGACGUGCCAGAGGAGCUUCAGCUAGAGCUUGGCGAUAAGAAAAUGAGUGCUUCAGCCGUUGCUAGUGAAACAAACCAUGAUCAUUCUGCUUCAUCAAAAUGUGAAUUUGUUUGA